CCGGCCACUUCCUCGCACCGAUGUUCCCGCCAUGGCUUCCAGCCAUGGCUUUCCGUGCCUUGCAGCCUUUGGCGUGGCUUCGAGUCCGUGUCCGUGCAGCGAGUCCAAAGGUUUGGCUGGCGACGGUCCCCAUCCUGCUGAGCCUUCUGUGGGCUUACCUCCGCCGGGCCGCGCGGAGGCAUCUCCUGGCCUCGUCGCUGUGCCUCACCGCGCCGCUGCGUGCGGCCGGGGUGAAAUACGCGACACCGCUGAAGCCGCUGCGGGGCUGGGAUGGCUGGCAGGCCUCCUGCCCCUGCUGCAAACGCCCUUUGGAGAUCGAGUUGCUCUCGACGCCCCCACAGCGCCCGGCAGUGGCUCCAGAGGCGACUGGCAGGUACGCCUUUCUGAUCUGCCUCUGGGGUGCUUCAGCGGAGUACAUGGUGGGCGCCAUGGUCCUGGGUGCCUCGAUCCGGAAGACCGGCUCUAAGCACCACCGCGUGUGCUUGUACACAGACGACGUGCCUCAGGAACACAUCCGGGAGCUGUCCAAGUUGUGGCGGUGUAAGUUGAUUACCCACGUGGAUGCGGUGAUGGAUCAGCUGAGCUUUCCUGACAAGGAGGAACGCUUUGCCAAGGUCUUCACCAAGCUCCGGGGAUUGGGCCUGACGGAGUAUGAGAAAGUCUUGAUGAUGGAUAUCGAUUUGCUGGUCCGUUCCAACAUUGACGACCUGUUCGAGCUGCCGGCGCCCGCGGCGCUACGCAGAGGAAUGAACGAGUGGGGCUUGGCGCAGCAUGGGAAGCCCAUUGAUGGGCGUUCGUUCCUGCUGGGCGAGGACAAGAGCAUGCCACGUUGGUCCUGGGGCCAAGGCACUGGUAUCAAUGCUGGGGUGAUGCUUUGGCAGCCCAACCAGGAUGUCCUGGAUCAAAUGCUUGCAGAGCUUAGUGAACCCAAUCACCCGGAACAUGUGAAGGGCAACGGGCCGGAGCAAGAUUACUUGAGCCGCUAUUGGGCUGAUGCACCCUGGACAUACAUCGGCGCCCAGUACAACUUUCAGUUGCACCAGAUGUUCUUCGCUUUGCACCCCGACAGGGUGCAAUACGCUGAAAGGGCCAACUUGUUGCAGAACCCCGAGAAUAUCAAGAUUGUGCACUACUCGGGGAAGCCAACAGCCAAGCCUUGGCAUCGGGUCUUGGAUGAGACCUGGAAAGAGUUCUGGCCCAGCCGGGCACGGGAUGAGGAGUAUGUGAAGCUUUUCGCCGAGGAAUUCAUGGGCUACUGGCUAUGGGUGAAACGCGACCCCAAGAUCUUCGAGUCACAUGCCAGUGGCUGGGACAUGGCUGGGAUCGAGCUCAACGAGGAUGGGGAAUACCAGCGCCGCACCGGUGAACAAGUGGAAUGGCUGCCGAUCCCUGAGAGCAUCUCGGGUGGCGCAAUGCAACUUGGAAGAGGCGGACCGGCUGCAAUCUCCAACUCUCGGGGUCCGAGCACGAGGCACGUUGAAUGGUUCGAUCUUUUUCAGUCCUUGGAGACGGAGUUUGGCUUCCAGCCCACCUUGCUCUCCACAUCGGGUCCACGUGUACGCGCGGGUCCCGUGGGUCGGGAGCUACGCCUGAAGAACACCAUGUGGAAGCGUCCGUUCAGGGCAGGCUGGUGGACAGAAGCCGAGAAGACGGAGAAAGGUGGUGAAGCAGCUGCAGGUGCUGGAAGCGAAGGCCUAGUGAAGCUGACGGUAAGUUGCAGCACUUCGUCUGAAGCAAACUUCGUGUCACUGCGGGACUCAACCAGCGUGUAUGAAGAGCAGGGCUUUGACGUCUCGGGGCUUUACAUCAAGCUUGAGGGACAGACGGCUGCCAGAACCUUCUCCUUGGACAACUUGUCUCCUGAUGGUCUUUUGCCUGUGCACCUCUGGGUGGAUAGCGUCCCCGUGGGCGCCAUCGUGCUGAUGGCCAUCGUCAGCGACGGAGAACGAGCGCUGGGCGACGUGCUGCAGGCCCUGGCGCCGCUGGGCGUGCCGCAAGCAGCCCCGCCUCCGAACACGCAGGCCUUAGCCUGUAUUUCGAUGGCCGGGACCGAAGGGCACGACGUGCCUUGUGCCAAUCAUGCCUCCCCUGACGUCGCCUACGCCUCCGUGCUGUUCGACCCCACCGGGUCUUGAAAGCACAGACGUGCUACGAGUGCGGGACGCAAGUCGUCCAUCCGGCCAUCCCAACGACAAGAGAUGGUGAUUGAUGGUGGGUCUCAUUAGUUUCCUGUGG